AUGCCCAAGCACGCUCUUACCCUUCAUGACGAUGAGAACCCUAGUGGCAAGAAAAGCAAAGUUGAACGCGGCCUGAAGCAGAAUCACAUACCAACAGACGGGGAGAUGGAGACGAUGUCAGUGCGAGAGAAACUCCUUGCGGGUGUGUCUUUUAGCUUCGUCAGGAGGCAGCAGGAUCAACAGCAGAAGCAGCCAGCGCACAACCAGCCAAGCUAUGCUCCAGUAGCUAUCUUACAGAAAGCUUUGGAUGAAGCCUUUCGCGUGAAGCCGAGCAUUCGCCACAGUUUAGAUGAUGCACCCGAGUCUGGAAUGAUGCUUCCAGGGGAGAUAGAAGAGAGGUUCUACGAUGAGAGUCUGGAUCAACGAAGGAAAAUUCUCACAGACCAUUAUCAUCAAAGAAUGACCCAGAGACGAGAUGCAAGUCGGCGAUUGCAGGCAGUCUUGAGGCAAGCGAAUGACAAUCCGUUUGCGCCUCCAGUGGAGACUUCAAGCGAGCAAGGACCAGAAGACAACUUACGGCUAUUUCUUCAAUCUGUUUGCCGUAUAUAUGGCUACAGAAAACUGCAGAUGGACUUUUGUGGCUUCAUGAGAAUCAAAGUUCAGGACGACCUCAAGGGAGAGCCCCUUGGUUCUGUGCCUAGGGAGCCCACCGUGGAGCCAGCAGACAGCGUGAAUCUCGAUGCUAGCGAGGGGAACAUCGCCCUAUAUGAAUGCGACGUGCCCAACCAGUUCGGCCGUGUCACCACGUGGAUGUGGCUCAAAAUUUGUAGACCACUUGCGGCAUACGAAGCCGGACAUCAUCCAGCACCAGAUGUGUGCAAGGAAGAAGAAGAAAGAGAAGACGAAGCCUGGGUCAUCAUCGCAAUCCCAAGGUCUCAGAUCGAGACGCUAGAAUAUGCCUGGAGCUUGAGCCAUGCUCCUGAGAAUGAGACGCAUGGAGACUACAUCAUGGACCUUACGGUUCCACAUAGCGUGCGGGAGGAUUCACAAAACUAUGAAAAGCGAAAGGGGCUGGCAUUUCGAUAUAGCCGGGAUGGGGUACCCAGUAUUGCAUCGUCGAAGAAAAACAGCGACGGCGAUUCGAUGUGGUUCGGAUUCCGGACUGACGUUGACGAGAUGCAGUGGGAGAGGAUACAGGAAGACAUGGAAACGAACUCGUGUCUCGUCCACGCACUUUCGAAGAUCGAUGCCGAGUGGGUUCACGUAGGCCAAGAGCAAGGCAGAAAGAUUGAACAGUCUAAGAAGAGAACUGAGGCUGAAGUGCCUCACAAGACGAAGGGCGCGAGCGGUGUGCGGAGGUUUUCGAACCUCAGGAACGAAGUCCAUUCAGAGGACUGUUAG